CGACAAUGCAUAAACGACGUAUAUUUCAACAUCAACGCUACCGCGUGUAAAAACUUACAAGGUAUGGGUGUUAUUAGAAUACUUUUGUCUCUCGUCUCUCUCGUUUUUAAGGCACUAGACUCCGUUGGAAUUCUAUGGGAUGCUCGGCUUCGGUUAUCAGAAUUUAUCUACGGAAAGCAUGGAGUUACAGUCCGUGGGCCGACAAAGCGUAUUUUAAAAUUACCAGCGUGUGUUAUUGCCGAAUACAUAAAGAAACGAAAAUUAACAUGCGUCGAAGUUAUUGAGGCUUUCAGAGACAGAAUUCUCGAAGUCAACCCGAUUCUCAACGCUGUUGUUGGAGACAGAUUCGACGACGCUUCGGAAGAAGCCCAGCACAUCGAUCAAGUUCUGGAUUCGAGCGAUAUAAACUUAAAUCAAGAAAAAUCUGAUUUGUUGAGUAAGCCUUUACUAGGAGUUCCCAUUACUGUGAAAGAAUCAAUCGCUUGUGAGGGAUUCACUAACUCGGCUGGACUUGUGGAUAGGAAAGAUAAGAUUGCCUCUGAGGAUGCAGCCGUUGUUAAAAACCUUCGUGUUGCCGGCGCCAUUCCGAUCGCCGUCACGAACUGUAGCGAAUUGUGCAUGUGGUGGGAGACGACAAACAACGUAUAUGGACGGACAAACAACCCUUAUGAAACAUCCAAGAUAGCUGGUGGGAGUUCAGGUGGCGAGGGCGCGAUUAUUUCUGCUGCAGGUUCGGUUUGUGGCAUUGGAUCGGAUGUAGGUAAGUAACCAUUAAUAUUCUAAACUUGGACAAUGGUUUGUGUUUAUCCUCUGAAAGUCAUUCAAUACAAUAGUUAUUAUAUGGCGGCGAGUUAAACUCCAUUUGCACGCGCUAAAAAAUCGGCACGUCGCGCCAAAUUUUUGGCACUGUGCUGACGAUUUUAUGGCAUCGCACUUCCAAUUUUCAGGGGCACCCAACGAGAGGAUAGUUCAAAACCACAUAAACAUAGCAUUGUUGAACGUACUUUAGUAUUUAAACGGUAGAUAAAGGCUUAUUUUUAUCCCCUAAAAAUUGUUCAUCUGUUCGGAUUUCCUAGCUGAAAGUAUAGUGAUCCGAAAAUUAUAGGGAUCAAAAUUUACCUUUUCGAAAAUUUCAGCCAGAAAAAAGGCUCCCGAAAAUUCUAGGUGACCUUUUAAGGGUAAAAAUCCGUUAAAAAUGGGCAAUUAUACGAUUUUUUUGAAGUUCGAAAAUCCUAGGAGAGGCAGGCAAGCAAGAAAUUUGUCAGAAAAUGAUCCGAAAAUUCUAGACCUCAAAUCGUCUUCCGAACAGAUAAUUUUCCGAAAAUUGUCGUUGGGUGCCCCUGAAUUUUCGACGUGUAAACGUAUCGGUCCCAAAUGUAACGUGGCACCAGAGCUCAAAAUUUUAGGAGUGCCGAGACCGCCUCCGGGAGGUAGUCUCGGCACGGGUAAACGAGGCACGGUGCCAAAAAUUUGGCGUGCCGCGCUGAUUUUUUAGCGCGUGUACUGAAAUGGGGUUUUUAAGUUAGGUAAUUUCACUAUGAUGUCCUACCUACAUGAAUUAACUAACCUUAUGCAUUAACUAUAACUCGCCCAUAUUUGAUUACAUUUUUUGUCUAUUUUCAAUGUUUUAAUGAAAAUGCCGCUUCCUGCACUGUAUAUUCAGCUGUAUAUUGACUGCUGUAAGAGGCUUGCAUUGAGAGUGCCGGGUCCAGACCGGAGGGGAGGGGGGGUGGGGGUGUCAUCGUACCUUGUAACAUCACCUACACGGGGCUGUUAGUAACUACGAUUUUCUGCCCAACGCAGCGUUGCAUUGUUGGAACAAUGUUGCAACCAUUCGAAACAAUGUCGCAAUAAUGUUGUAAUUCCGUGUUGCGCGUCAUUGCGAAUCGUCCAGUUUAAUAUCACCUUUUAUAUGAAGAGUCCCACGGGAGUAAAGGUGAUGCCUGUUACACGGGAAGAUUCGUAACGACGAUUUUUUAGUGCAACAUAGCAUAACAACACGGUUGCGACAUUGUUUUGACUGGUCGCAACAUUGACCAACAUUGUUCCAACGCAACACACAACAACGCUUGAAAUCGUCGUUGCGAAUCGUCGUGUAACAUCACCUUAAAGGUAAUGUUACACGGGACGAUUCGCAACGACGAUUUUAGCGCAACAUAUCGUUGCAACAUUGUUCCCACCUUGUUUCGAAUGGUUGCAACACUACCAAUAUUGCAACGCUGUGUUGCGCUAAAACUCGUCGUUCCGAAUCGUGCCGUUUAAUAUCACCAGUAUCACCUAAAUGCAGUCUUUCUGUUCAUAUAAAGAGCAUUUUCACUCACGUGGCCAACAGCUAUGCAACCUUAUUGGGCCAAAAAAUGUUACAUAAGGAAAAGGUUUAGCUCCAAACUUACUCCAACAGGAAUGGUUUGGGACACCAACAUGAUCAGGGGCACCCAACGACUGUUUUCUGUGAAAUAUCUGUUCGGAGAAGCAAAAAUUGCCUAGAAUUUUCUAUAGCUUGAGGAAAACUAAAAAUUUCUAGAUGACCGUUCCAUUCAUGUGCAAUUUCAAAGCUUAAUUAAUAAAUUCCCUACGAUUUUCUGAAGUUUAAUUUUUCCCAUUUCACUCCCGAGGUUAGCCCAAUUUUCGUAGAGAAAGGAAACCUAAAAUUUUCGAAAUCGAAAAUGCAAUGUAGAGAGGAAUCAGAAAAUUAUCACUUUCGUAAAACUCUAAAUUGCAGCUAAAAUUUUCGGGAAAAUAAUACUGAAGCCCUUGGUUCCAAAAGACUCAAGUUGCCCUAGGUUGACCGAACAGAUAUAAAUUUUUUAGCGCCACUUAAAAUACAUUUUUAGAGAUCUAAAAGUACUCGGGAUAGUCUAAAAAGUGUUUUUAAAGCAUUUAGGAGGAAACUGUCGUUGGGUGCCCCUGCAUGAUCGCCAUUUCAUCGUUUUAACCGCGGCAGGAUUAGCGAAGUCGGUAGAGCGCUUGACUGUCGAGCGUGAGGUCGCGGGUUCGAUUCCCAGGGUCUGACCAAUACUCAGGGUCUUUAAAUAACUGAGAAAUGAAGGUAUUGCCUUUGCCCUGCAAACGGCUAGGCCGUCGUGUGAUUUGAAUGACACGGCGUAAAAUGGAACUUGGGUACGGUCAUCAAGAAUUAAACUCCAGGCAAAUUCACCAACAGUUGAGUCGAAAUCAUUGAGUUUGAAAUCAUCCAGUAGUCACGUCGCUAUCAAUAUUAGGGUGAUUUAGCAGCAGAACGGGAACAUCAGUUGACGACGGCAAAUCAAACAACUGGCUUGACCAAUGGCAGAGCGACAAAUUGGACACCGGAAGUCGAGUUCAGUCGUUUUCGCGCGCUUUCCCGUCGUCAAAUGACGUUCGUGUUCUGUUGCUAAAUCAGCCUAAUAUUGCUCUGGAGAACGCAUACAACAAUAAGGAAUAAAAAUUACCAAAGAAUGCAGAUUUGAACCCAUAUGUAUCGUUAUUUUAGACAGUGUUACGAAAUUGCUUCUUGCCUUUUCUUACAGGUGGUAGUGUCCGUAUGCCGGCGUUUUUCAAUGGAAUAUUUGGACAUAAACCCAGUCCCUCUGUAGUUCCUAAUCAGGGCCACUUUCCUCAAGGCUCAAGUGAGGCCUUUGAUGAGUAUCUGAUCAUGGGUCCUCUCUGCAGGUACGCUGAUGAUCUAAUCCCGAUGCUGAAGGCUAUGGCAGGCCCAACAGCUUAUGAGCUUAAAUUGGACGAGGAGGUAGAUCUAUCCGCUAUUAAAGUUUACACCAUAAGCGAUGGAGAGUACCCUUUUUUAACUUCACCUGUGGACACCGACCUGCUGAUGGCCCAGGAACAGGUUUGUUCCUUUUUGCAGGAACGAUUUGGGGCGACAGUUGAAGACGCUCAUAUGACGCUUUUCCGAUACUCACCCCUUAUAUGGUCAGCUAUGAUCCUCUCGGCAGAGAGUAACAAAAUCACAUCACAAUUUUUGCAGAGGGAAAGCGGCUCAGUGUCCAUGAACCCGUUUGUUGAGAUUUUCAAGUAUCUUCUGGGAUAUUCGAAGUAUCAUUACGUCACACUUGCAGUGGCAGGCAUCGAGCACCUCAGAAAUCCUUUACCCCACUGUCUGCCUGAUGUGUCCUCGAGAUUUGUGCAGAUGGGCUUGAAACUGCGAGAGCAAAUUCAAGCUCUCCUUGGAAGUAAUGGCAUUUUGCUUUUUCCGUCGCACCCCAACACAGCUCUUUCACAUAACAGGCCGUUUCUAGCGCCGUUGAACUUUAGUUACACGUCGAUCUUCAACGUACUCCACCUUCCUGUCACGCAGUGCCCUAUGGGUCUUGAUAAAAAUGGUCUUCCGCUGGGUAUUCAGAUUGCUGCCGCAAGAAAUAAUGACCGGCUAUCAAUCGCAGUCGCUAAGCAACUUGAACAUCAGUUUGGUGGAUGGAGAGACUGGUACCCUGGGAAAACUUCGGAAGACAAGAAAAAUGAGUAAAAUUCUUAAAGUUUACAUAGCAGGCCUUCUACACUGCGAGCAGAGGUUUCUUUCUUGCAUAUGGCUUUUAGCAUUAACGAAGUCGUUCGCGUAGCUUGUCAGUCGCGUAGCUGGUUUAAUUUAUGCGAC